UCCGCGGAGCGUGACGAGCGCGUCGUAUCAAAUAAUAACGUUAGUGACAGACGAGUGACGUUUAGGUCGACGGACCAAGCGAUGAGUCCGAUGAUAGGAACGACCGACGCUGUCGCCGAGCAGCAGUGAGGUGAACGCGUCCGUACGACGCGCGUCCGCACGACGUUCGCCGCGGGGAAAUAGAAAUUUUUUUAACGGGAGGAUCGAUCGAUCUCUCUGGCACAGAAAGAAGUAUGAAGAAAAUUCCGUAAUAAAUAAUACACAAACUUUGCGUAUAUACUGGGCAUAUUCGCGCGCGCUCGCUUCCUUAUUAUGGCAGAAUGGACGAACGCAAAUUGCUGCCGUUGCUGAUAUUCUUCCUGGCAGGAUGGCAGGGAACAGUAGCCGUGGUACCGGUGCGGUACGUCGCUGUGGAUGUGGGUAAGGGUCUGAAACUCGCCUGUGCCGAGGAAAACGCACUUCCACAUUCCGAAGAAUCAAAUGUGGGAGUAAUGUGGGUGAGAGAAGGACGGGAAGAGGGACAGAUCGAGAGACUUAAAGUCGAGCCCAACGGUAUACUUGAGCUGGUAAAUGUCAGCGCGGAUGACGCCGGCAAUUAUUCCUGCACUUUGGAUGACGAUCACGAUGCUGUAAAAGCUAGGAUCAAUGUAGAAGUCAAAACUCCUCCCCCAGCUUUGCACAAUGUAUGGGUCAAGCCAUCCACAAUAUUAGCCAAUAUACUCUGGGAAGUAGCUGGUACUGGUGGAUAUCCUAUCAUAGAUUUCACUGCCGAAUAUCGUUUGAAGCCAGUUGAGGGCCAGACGCCGGAAGAUUGGAAGCCUAUUAUUCCAACGCACAUUCCUCCAAAUUCUAGACAAAUAGAUGUGUAUCAUUUGGUGCCAAACACUACAUACUCGUUUCGAGUGUGGGCAACCAAUCAGUUGGGAAAAGGCGAGAUCGUGGAGGUCGAGAAUCACACUCAUCACAGCGUAGAAGAAUUGGAGCUCGCCCGACACUUUUUAGACGGCGUAGAGAAUUUUGAUACGCGUAUCUGGUUGGCAGCCGUAGGUAUUGUGAUGGGCACACUUACGAUUCUUGGUAUAGGUACAUGUUACCUGUCGUAUCGCGAGUGCAAGGCACCCUCGCAGCUGGAGGAGCAGGAGGUGAUUGAGCUCGUGCCCAAUAUCAUUCUAAAUCCGGGAUUUUUUGACGAGCGCACCGAACACGUGCCGCAGGACGAGAACUUCAACAAUCAGACGACCGUGCGCCUCAACAACAACAGCGUCGUGCAGCCUAGACGGCUUUAGCAUUUUUUGUUUAGCUUAAACUCGCUCCGCUCCGAAGUAAGUAAAUUGGAUAAAGUUUUUCACGUUGUUGUUUCGAACGUAAAGUAAACGAACCUAUCGAAAAGGCCUUGAGUUUGUGUAAAAAACAAAAAAACAAAAAAAAAAAAACUACGAUCGAGAGAAAGAGUCGAUAGACUAAAAAAAAAAAAAAUCCAAGACUAUUAGCGAUUGUAACUAGAAAAAGAGUACCAUCUCUCGAAGUCGAGGACGCUUGAGAAGUCCAUCCGUCAUCUCGAGUGUCCGGACAAUUUUUUCUCGACUUUUCAAUCGGGGAUCGAACGAGGUAACCGGUAAUUUAUUCUAGAAACAAAAAGGUUGUCCUGCGGAACCCUUUAUCUCUUUACGCGAUUUUUGAAAAAUUCUGGAACAUUUACACACACAUAGAAAAGUCAUUAUUCUUGGAAGAUUUACAGACACAAAAGAGUUUCCGAAGAUAAAAACUUAAGUAGAUAAAGUUUUUAUAUGCAGCGUAAUAGCGAAUAUGUGUGAGAAAUAGAUGUUGAAGGUGCAAGGUGGAUUUAAAGCUUUUGUAUAUUUUUGAGAAGAUAGACAAAAUGUGAUCUCUCUGCCUGCAUGUGAAAUGAUUUCGGAAAAUUAUUAGAAAAAAAAAAACAAACAAACAACGAGACUGUCUGCAAACAAGAAGGAAUUGAAGAACAAAUUUCGUGUUGUCGAAAUUCUCGUUCGAUCCCCGAUGUUGUUGCGAAACGACGCAACAAUAAAGUGUUCAAAAAAAAAAAAAAAACAAAGUGUAAGACUCCACACCAGAUUUCUUCUCGCGAGAGGUGAUCGAUUUUUUUGGAAACGUUUACUGCAGGACGUUCCCUCUUUCCUAGUAUAGUUUCUUAAAUUAUACACACACACUCAAUAACUUGCUCAGUGAUCGAGCUUAAAGGGAAGCGGAGCUCCUGCGAGAGCCAAAAGAAUCGUAGUAAGACUGCAACCUAAGGAUAUAAUUCCGUAAAAAAAAGAGGGAGAGAACUCAAUGAAUCACAUUAAUAAUCGAACGAUAGUGUCGAAGAAGACAUACACAUAUAUAUAUAUUUUGCACUUGUUUACUUUUUCAAAAAAAGUAAGUAAUGCGGAUGUAUACAUAUAUAGCAUGCGAGUGUUAAGAUAUUUUUUUUUUUUUUUUUUUUUUAAUGCUCAUUUGUUGUUUAAGUAAUCGAAUCGUAUGCACGUACGAUGUAUAUGACAAACUUUUACUGCCGUUUUAAGGUACGCACGAGUCGCCGGAAGUUCCUUUCCCAUAAUAAUCUCUAUUAAAAAAAAAAAGAAUUUUUUUUUUUAAAUUUAUUAAGUGUAUAUAAAUAGAAAUCGCCGCUUUUUUUUUUUUAUCUCUCUGUAAAUACGCCGCUGUUCGUUGCGUGCUCUUGAAAAAAUCCCGUGAUUUGAAAAAGGACAAAGAAGAUUGUUUUAAAUUGUAACGAUAACAUUUGUGAGAUGUCGCGUUUAUUAUUAGACUUUAUCUCGAUACAUAGCAUUUUCCACAUGAUAGCAUUUGCAUGUGAUUGUUCUCGAAGAAACGCGAUAACAUUGCUUUGAUACACUUCUGCGCCACUAUGACGAUACAACUACCCUAUCGCGUCGAGAGAUAUUCUGACUCGCACGUGCCGGAUCGUAAAAAAAAAUCAAAUUUUUCUAAACAGCAAUUAAUGAGAGCAGAAAUAUAGAUAAUUGCAAAAACCACAAGUGUCAGUAGGUAAAAAAAAUAAACCAUAUACUCGGGAGAAUACUCGGUGUCCCACUUCCGAAGCACCAUCUUUCUUUUUUUUACAACAGUAAAACAGUCUCCGCGUCAUAUCUCUUUGUUUGACAUGAGAAAAAAAAACUAAAAUUAAAAAAGAAAAAUGAAGCCGUGGAAGUGGGUCGAACAAAACACAACAGCCUACAAUGUGCGGGAAGCGACCGCUUCUUCGCAUUGCGUGCAAUAAAUAGAAUUUCAAUAAUCACUAGCAUUAAAUUCUCUAACACUUAAAUAAGAUGAAAAAAAAAACAAAAAAAAAAAAAA